AUGAAAACUACGAAUAGUUAAAUAAAGUAGGCUAAGGAAAAUACGGACUUGUCUAUAAAGCUCGACGUAAGGUGGAUUAAAAGAUUGUUGCUCUAAAAAAGAUAAUCGAAGAAAGUCCAUCUCCAAGUCAAGGAGUAAAUUGUUUUGCUUUUCAAAUAUGUGCAAAGAUAAAAACUAAACUCAUUAAUACGUUUGAAGAAUUUUUUAAAAUUUUGUUAUCAGAAAUCAUAGAAUAUACUGAAUGUUUUCACUUAAUAAUAAUUCGGCUCAAAAUGCAUCUACCUCAUUUUAAUCUAUUCAGAUAUGAAAUGUGAUUGA